UUCUACUCUUUUUAUUCCCCCGUGCCGCCGUGCGGCGCCACGGCCUCAUCUUCUCAUCUCCGUAUCAGCUGUCUCUCCACCACUCCGCUUGCCUCGGAUCACGCGGGACCACGACAGCAUGGCCGGCGAUGGCGGCAAAAACAUCAGCGACGACGGUGGCGACGGGGAAGAAGUCCAGAUACAAAUCGCAGGUUCACCCAAAGCUGAAACUUGCUCAACUCUUGAACUACCUAGACAGAACUCUCCUGUCAAGAAUUGGCAUUGGCGGUUGAUGGUAGGAGUUAAUAUAUUCUUCCUUAUUGCCGGUCAGACAGCAGCUACACUUCUUGGGAGGUUCUACUACAAUCAAGGCGGGAAUAGCAAGUGGAUGUCCACAUUCAUCCAAACUGCUGGCUUUCCGGUUUUGUUUGUUCCCCUAUAUCUUUUCCGUUCAAAGAUGCCUUCUACUCAAACAGCCACUACUAAUCCUGGCCCUAAAACUUCUGUUACCAAACUUACUCUGAUAUAUGUUUCACUGGGCCUCAUCCUUGCUGCAGAUGACUUGAUGUAUUCCUAUGGCCUACUAUAUCUUCCUGUCUCAACGUAUUCGCUCAUCUGUGCUAGUCAGCUUGCCUUCAAUGCUGUCUUCUCAUAUUUCCUCAAUGCCCAAAAGUUCACCCCUCUGAUUUUUAAUUCUGUAGUCCUUCUUACCUUUUCUGCUUCACUCCUUGGAGUUGACCAAGAUUCUCAAGGAACUACUAGUAUCUCACAUGGGAAGUACAUUUUGGGUUUCGUAUUGACACUCGGGGCUUCAGCUACAUACGCUCUCCUUCUCUCCCUGAUGCAAGUCACAUUUGAGAAGGUUAUUAAGAGGGAGACCUUCUCUGUCGUGUUUAACAUGCAGAUAUAUACAGCUCUUGUGGCAACAUUGGCUUGUCUUGUUGGGUUAUUUGCAAGUGGUGAAUGGGCCACUUUGCAUGGAGAGAUGCAUGCAUUCUACUCUGGGAAGCUGUCAUAUGUAAUGACGCUGCUGUGGACUGCUAUAUCAUGGCAGGUAGCAUCAGUUGGAGUGGUGGGGUUGAUCUUCGUGGUGUCAUCAUUGUUUUCAAAUGUGAUAAGCACCCUAGCUCUGCCCAUCAUUCCUGCUUUUGCUGUGAUUUUCUUUCAUGACAAGAUGGAUGGAGUAAAGAUUAUAGCUAUGCUGAUGGCCAUUUGGGGAUUUAUUUCAUACGGCCACCAAUUGUACAAUGAUGACAAGAAAACUAGAAAGACUUCAGUCAGUUUAGUGGAAACUUCUUAACCAUCACAAUGGUGUCAAACCUGCCAUACUUAAUGGUUCCGAGUAAGGUACUGUAGUUAUUAGGAAGUCCAUCAAAGAAAUUUCAUUUUUGCAUAUAUUGUAUUGCCUACUCUGAUGUAAGGAUGUGUCAUGGAAGAAAAUAAAGUUUAUGGCAAUCCCAA